UAUUUGACUUGGUAUCACUGCCGCACGAACACUUGCGCGUGUGGCACCGCGCUGUCUGAAUCAGGAAGUUGAAAAUGUGCAGAAUGCUGCGUCUCCUCUCAUUGAGCUCUUUUUAUUUAUUUACGCUGUCUCCGGCCGCGAGCACCUGAACGUGUGGCCCGUGUUCUCUGUGCGGAGGCUGUCACCGUCGUGUUGUUCUGUCACCGUCACGGUUCUCGGCUUUUUUUUUUCUCCGCCUGGACCUUUGCUGACACAACCCCGCUGCUAGCAUAGACAGCUAGCCCGCUAGCUGCCCUGACUCACCUCACACCGGCCGCUUGUUGACUUGGCGCACGGCAUGCGAACCACACUGUCUUUGGAGCAAAGGAAAUCCAGACACAAGUUACACUAAUGCUGAUGAUUAGCCCCAGAAUGGCUUCAGGAAUGCAAGAGAAACAGUACACACCCAGUCUGCUUAGUUUUUUCAUUUAUAACCCAACAUUUGGACCACGAGAAGGAGAGGAGGAGAAGAAGAUUUUGUUUUACCACCCCAGUGAUGUUGAAAAGAAUGAGAAGAUCCGAAAUGUGGGUCUUUGUGAAGCCAUUGUACAGUUCACCAGAACCUUUUGUCCGACAAAACCGGCUAAAUCCCUGCACACACAGAAGAACCGGCAGUUUUUCUUCGAGCCAGAGGACAAUUUCUGGAUAGUCAUGGUGGUUCGAAACCCCAUGAUUGAGAAACCAAACAAAGAUGGUAAACCUCCCACGGUAGAAUAUCAGGAAGAGGAAAUACUUGAUACUGUUUAUGGUGCAGUUGUAAGACAAUGCUACAGUAUGUACAAGCUCUUCAAUGGUACGUUUGUCAGAGCAAUGGAAGCCGGAGGAGUGGAGCUGCUCAUACAGAAGCUGGAAAAGUUCUUCUACAGGUAUCUGCAGACUCUCCACUUGCAGUCCUGCGACCUCCUAGAUGUAUUCGGAGGCAUCAGCUUCUUCCCACUGGAUAAGAUGACCUACCUGAAGAUCCAGUCCUUUGUCAACAGAGUGGAGGAGAGCCUCAGCCUGAUCAAAUACACAGCCUUCCUGUAUAAUGACCAGCUUAUCUGGAGCGGAUUGGAACAAGACGAUAUGCGGAUCCUGUACAAGUACCUGACCACCUCGCUGUUCCCCAGACACUCUGAACCAGAGUUGGCUGGCAGGGACUCUCCUCUGAGGCCAGAGGUUGCAGGGAAUUUAUUGCACUACGGAAGGUUUUUGACAGGACCCACCAACCUUAAAGAUCCAGAGGCCAAAUUCAGAUUCCCCAAAAUCUUUGUCAGCACACAGGACGGCUAUGAAGAGCUGCAUCUUAUUGUUUAUAAGGCGAUGAGCGCUGCAGCUUGUUUUAUGAUCAGUGCUUCAGUGGAGCUGACGAGGGACUUCUGUGAACAGUUGGACGGCUUGGUGGGACCUCAGCUCACCUUGCUGGCAUCUGAUAUAUGUGAACAGUUCACCGUUAACCGCAGGAUAUCAGGGCCAGAGAAGGAGCCUCAGUUUAAGUUCAUCUAUUUCAACCACAUGAACCUGGCGGAGAAAAGCACCAUCCACAUGAGGAAGACAGCCAGUGUUUGCCUUACCUCUGUCCACCCCGACCUCAUGAAGAUCCUGGGAGACAUCAACUGUGACUUUGCCAGGGUUGAUGAAGAUGAAGAAAUCAUCGUAAAAGCAAUGACGGACUACUGGGUUGUUGGUAAGAAGUCAGACCAGAGAGAACUGUACGUGAUCCUGAACCAGAAGAACGCCAACCUGAUCGAAGUAAACGAGGAGGUUAAGAGGCUUUGUGCAACACAGUUCAACAACAUAUUCUUCUUGGACUGAUGAGGCGGAGCGACUGUUCCACCACACUAAAAACUGUC